UAAAUUUCGAAAUCAUCUAUUUCUAUUUAUCAUAAUUUAUGAAUAAGGAAAUGAACUAGCUCCUUACGCGCAAAGCCAUUCAGUAAAUACACUUGUUCAAUUCAAACAGCAAGAAGAAAAACAAAGAACAAAUUGUAAACAUUGCACAACAGCUGCUUACGAAAAGUGAUGCCGAGUCAUUUUAAAUAACGGCGUCAACUCGUUCAACAAACAGACGCAUGCUGUUGCUUAUAUUUUCCAUGGUACAAUAAGGGAGUAGAACAGAAAUUCAGACUGAGUCUAUGCCCGCUUCCUGUCAAAAUUAUGUUGUGGUUUUGUCCAAUUUGUGAAAUAAGGGAAUGUAAACAAUGGAAACACAAGCCACAUUACAAGCUAAAUUAAAUAAAUGUCUACAAAUUAUUAGAAAAUAUGAUUGGUUGAUUAACUCCUAUGUUUUGGAUUUCUAUGUUAACGAUCACUGGGGGAAGCUACCACCAGCUUGGCGUUUAUACUUUGAGGAACUACCACCCGAACAGUUGUGUUACCUUCUAAGUUCUGAUAGCAAUCAACAGACUGGAACAACUAAAGUUUGGCCACUAAGUAUACUGGCCUUAAAGGAGGCAUUUAAGGGACUUUGUAUAGAUCGAAAACAGAAAUGUAGGGAAUCACUUCCAAGUAGUCCUCUCUUGGAUCACGCCAAGCUAAAGCACGUCUUCAACAAGGGUGUAAAACCCAAGAAACGUCAUGAACUGGAAUCGAUGGCCUCGCUCUGCAAACAAAUAUGCCAAGAAAAUCCCGUGGACUUUGUGGUUGAUUUCGGAGCCGGUUUGGGACAUUUGGCAAGAAAUCUAGGCUAUGCAUAUAACAUAAAAGUAUGCUGCCUGGAAAUGCAAAGCAAAUUAAAUAAACAAGCCUAUGAAAUGGAUGAAAAUAUGGAAAAAUUAAAGAAGAAAUAUGUUCCUGAUAUACCAAGUCAAAAACCUGAACAUGUCGAUCUAUGCCUAACCGCAGAUAUGAACCCUGAAGAGUUCCUCGAAACAAUUGAAAGGAGUAUGCGAAUAGAAAAUAAAGAUUAUACUUUUGGCAUCAUAGGCUUACAUCCUUGCGGGGAUUUGGGUGCAAUACUAAUGCGUAUGUUUUUAAAAUGUAAACAGGCGAAAUUUUUAAAUUUUGUUGGCUGUUGUUAUAUGAAGUUGUCAACUGCGGAAUGUCGGGCGGCAGAUUGUGGUUACCCAUUGAGUAAUUAUUUGCGAAGUAAUAACACAAGAUCCACGUUAAGUUAUGAGGCCAGAGAGAUAUCCUGCCAUGCCAUUGAAUUGUAUCAUGAAAGAUUGUCUUUAAAGGAUUAUGAGUACCUGAAAGUCCAUUCAUUUAGAGCGGCAACCGAGAGAAUUAUUGUCAAACAUUAUCCGGAAUUAAGACACACCCGGCUGAGCAGUGUCAAACAUUUACCUGACAUGAGUUUUUCAGAUUACUUUUAUAAAGCUGUUAAGGGUCUACCUUGUUCCACCAUACCACUGUGCGACCUGAAUACUUGCACCACUCAAAACGAUCUUUUUCACUGGAAAAAUAUUGUGAUAUUUUAUACGUUGCGUUUGUUCUUUGCCCCUCUGAUAGAAAGUGUUAUACUCUAUGAUCGAAUGUUGUUUUUAAUGGAAAAUGGUUGCCAUGUACAAAUAAAUGCCAUAUUUGAUCCAAGACUUUCGCCAAGGAAUCACAUUACAACCGCUUUGAAAAGCAGAUGACAACAAACAGCAUUUAAAUGUUAUUAGAAAGAAAAGCAAAAUUUGUUUUGACUGUGUUGUUGUCUACCUUUGUUGGAACUAUAAAAUUGCAUAACAAUUAUAUAUCUUUGCAGUUAUCUUUUAUUCGUUUUUACAAUGUUUGUGAAGAAUAUAAUAACAAUAUAUGUAUAUGUUUAUAAAAAAUAAUGAGAUUACACACAACUAAGAUAUCAGUAAAAAAAAAAUCAAAAAAAUA